AUGAGAGUUUUUGCUCUUUUCUUCGCCUUCGCUUCGGCUUUGGACGAGAUGCUCAUGCUACUGAUGAUGCAGCAGCAACAACCGAGUGAGAUGCAGAAUAACCAGCUCAACACGCUUUUCCCACUUUUGAUGCUAAGAGAUUCGAACGGAACUGCCUUCGAGAACCAGCAGCUAUUGAUGAUGAUGUUAAUGCAAAAUGGAGGCCAGCCACUCGAAACCGACUCGCUUCUUCCUCUCAUCAUGUUGAACGACGACAGUGCCGACUUUUCCACUCUCUUCCUCGCUUUGAACAUGUUCCAGCAGGAUUGCGCAACUCGAACCGACACGGCCAUUCAGAACCUCAUGCCAAUGAUGCUCAUGGACAAUGCAGAUCCCAACCACUCGCUUUUGCUCAUGCUCAUGUUCCAGACUAUGGGCGACAAUCCUCUCAGCAUGGACCAAGUUAUGCCUUAUUUUCUCCUUCCUGACUUCCUCGACAACACCAACACCACUGACGAUUCCAACGAAGCCCUCCUCAUGAUGGUUCUUCUUUCCUCAAUGACCGGCGGCUUGGAAACUGAGCAGGGCUUCGCUAACAGCUUCAACAUGCUCCUCCCCCUUCUCCUCGCUGAUGAUGCAAACAUCGCCGACGAUGACAGUCUUCUCAUCCUCAUGUUGACCAUGCAAUCGCAGUCGCCCGAAACCGCCAUCGGCAGCAACAUGAUGCUUCCUCUGAUGUUGAUGAGCGGUGACAGCAGCAACGAAGUCCUCAUGUUCUACAUGAUGAUGCACGGAACCAAGCCCGUUUGCGAGCCCACCCCAGUCGUUCCCGAACCAGCCAUUGUCUACGUUGACCGAGAAAUCACGACUCCAGCGCCAACGCCAGAACCAGUCAUUGUCCAGCGACCUGUUUACAUCCAGCGACCUGUCUACAUUGAGCGCCCUGAGCAGACCAUCUACCGAACUUUCCAGCUUAACCCUGACGGAACAAAGACUCUUAUCAACAGCGAGGAAGGACCAGUCCAAGGCGGUCGACCUGUUGUCGGAUCUCCUGAAUACUAA